AUGGGCGUGACGACGUACCGGCCGCCCGGCCGCGCAAAGCCGGAUCUCGGCAUGCCCGACGCAGAGUAUGUGAUCCACGAGCUGCUGGUGCGUAUUGCGCAGCAGUGUGGGUACGAAGGCGCGCAAUCGAGCGCGAUCCGCCGCAUGACCGAAUUGGUCGACGACUUCUUGAUGACCCUCACGCGGAGCGCCUCACAGCUUGCUGCGCAGUCGAAUAGGCAGUCGCCGACGGUGCAUGAUGUGCUGUAUACCUACGAGUACCUCGGCAUCGACGGGCCGUCGCUUAUGUCGUACGCCCGCGAAGCCGGCGAGCACAGCGCCGAGCGUACCCGCCUCCGCCUCCCGCAGGCGCGCCGCGAGACGGAGGAGUGGGCGGACCCCAUGGCUGAGUUUCUCCCGUCCGACGACGAGGACGAGGACGAAGAAAAGGACGAAAAAUCCGUGUGGAAAAAACUCAUGAACGAUGUCGUGCCCGAUCAUUUGCCGCCGCAGCCCCCGCGCCACUGCUGGAUGUUUACGCCAGUGUAUGCGACGCAGAUGCUGUCGGAGCUGCCGAUGAUGCAGCUGGUGAACCGCAAGCUCGAUAACGCACGCCUCGUCGAGACGUCGCUCCGGCGACUGAUCCGCGAGACGGAUAAGGCCGCCCUGCCCGAGCUGCAGCUCAAAGAGGGUGAGGACGCCAAGAUCGAAGAGAUCGAGACGACACAGACGUCCGCUCCUGCGCCGCCCGUGCCCUCGGAGCCCGCGAAGUCGUCCGAGCCCGCCGCCACGGAGCCUGCGGCACCGGCCGGGCCGUCCCCGGCCGCGGAGCCAGCCGCGGCGCCGUCGCAGCCUGAACCCGCCCCCGAUACCACCCUGACUGAAAAUGCGGCGCAGGUGCACGCGCCGCUGCCCCCUGUGGCCCUGGAUACCAAGAAACCCCUGCUGCGUGCGGUAAACUACAAGUCGAGCUGGUACGCCUCGCUGGGCGCCAACGAUAGUCGCCUGCCGAGCGCGAACCUGUACACGGCGCGGCUGCGCGGCGGUGCUGACGAAGGCAGCGUCGCCAAGCGCCCGCGCCGCUUCGUAGUGCAAUGA